AUGGCGGAGAGUGCCGCAUCAAUGAGUGUGAACACUCGGUUUCUGCUACUAUCUGAUACCCAUGGCCUGAGCAGUCUUCCACACUCCGCCUCAAUUGAAUACGCAGAUGUCGUUCUUCACUGCGGAGACCUCACCAAAGAAUCCAAGCUUCAUGAGUUUAAAGCCUCAAUACAACUACUGAAGUCGGUGAACGCCCCUCUCAAGCUCGUGAUAGCUGGAAACCACGAUUUCUCAAUGGACAUUCCAGCGUUCCGGAAGAAGGUGGCAGAGGCUCCGGAGCCACUGGAUUCUGGUAUUUUAUCGAAGUUCUAUGGCUCUUAUGGCGAGGCAAGACAGCUAUUCAACGAGGAGACUGGCAUUACAUUUCUAGACGAGGGUAUCCACACAUUCUCACUGAAGAACGGUGCGCUUUUAAAGGUCUACUCCAGUCCAUACACGCCUUCUCUUGGCGACUGGGGGUUCCAAUACCACCCCCAAUAUGGCCAUAAAUUCUCCAUCCACGAUGCCGAUGUCGUGAUGACUCAUGGCCCUCCAAGGGGAAUCAUGGAUUACACUUACUCGGGUCAACGCGCAGGAUGCCCAACCCUUUUUGAGGCCGUAGCUCGAGCUCGACCACAAAUGCAUUGCUUUGGUCACAUUCAUGAAGGCUGGGGUGCGAAGCUUGUAACCUGGCGCCCCAAAGCCAGCGCCAAACCUACCCACUUGACGGACAUCGAUAAUGGCAAGUCCACUGUUAUUGGAAAGCUUUCCGCCCUCAAGUACCAAGAAAAUAUCAAGCCAGUUUCCACCACAGCCUACUUCAGAGGUGACACUCAUCAACUGAAGCGUGACGGCUCCCAGACACUUUUUGUUAACUGCGCAAUUGAAGAUGCGAACGCCCUACCAACACAACAACCUUGGCUUGUGGACCUUGACCUCCCUUUGGCACCCGAGUGA